AUGCAGCCAAAGACGACUCAGCUCACGCUGCAGGAGAGUUUAAAAAGGAAAGAAAAAAUGCCCCGUGAAAGCACAAAGGCACAGGAGACAAUAGCCAAGAUAGCACAGAUGAUUGCAAUGAGUGACCUGCCGUUCGCCUUUGUAGAGAACCCUGGGUUUCUUAUGCUUAUGCAGCACGUAGACCCUCGAUUUGAAAUGCUAUCUCGUCACUAUUUCACCGAGAAAGCUCUGCCAGCCCUUCAUAAGAAGAUUUCUGACACACUACAUGUCCUGUUAUCAGAUGUACCCCAUGUUUCAUUCACCACAGACAUCUGGAGUUCGUCCGUGGCUCCCAUGUCUCUACUAAGCCUUACCGCACAGUGGAUUGGUUCAAGUUUUGUUUUGCGCCAUGCGACCCUACAUGCCCAGGAAGUUCGUGGAUCGCACACUGCAGAACGCAUCCAGCAAGCGAUGGAAAAUAUGCUAAUCAACUGGAGAAUUGACAAGCAACGGGUCCACAUAAUUUUGCGUGACAACGUGGCAAAUAUGAAGAAAGCUAUAAGGGAUCUGGGGGUGCCGAGUCUGGGCUGCGUAGCCCACUCCUGUCAACUGUGUGUGCGUGAGGGCCUGCUGUCUCAGCGCAGCGUGACCGAGACCCUGGCCAACACAAGGAAGAUAGUAGGCCAUUUUAAACACUCCCCAUUGGCCUACUCUCGACUAAAAGACAUCCAGAUGGAGCUUCAUAUGGAUAUUAAGCGCCUACAGCAAGAUGUACCGACACGAUGGAACAGCAGCCUCUACAUGCUGCAGAGCCUACUGGAACAAAAGCGCGCUCCUAGUGUGUUUGCAGCUGAGCGCACUCUACCAGCUACACUGUCAGCUCACCAGUGGGAGCUGAUGAAGAAGACUGCUGAUGUGCUAUCCACCUUUGAAGAGCUGACCAGGGAUGUGAGCAGGGAGACUGCAACGGCAGCUGAUGUGAUCCCUGCCAUAACAGUCCUCAGGUGUGUUCUGUCUCAGGAGGAUGAUGAUGAUGACCAGGGAAUAAAAACAAUGAAGAGGACUCUCCUGGAGGCAGUGGAGAAGCGCUUUGCUGAUGUUGAAACUGAGCCACUCUACUACAUCGCCACUCUUCUAGAUCCUAGAUACAAUGAUGGGCAAUCAGCCAACCUGUUGCUUGCAAAGGAACAUCUUAUCCAGGAGGUGACAAAGGCAGAGGAGAGGAGGACUGCCAGUGCAGUGGUAGAGGAAAACGAGGCCACAGCAGAGCCAGUGAGCAAGGCACCACAUCAUGAAGCAUGGAGCAGCCUGGACAUCGCCUUUGAGGAAAUCUUACGAGAGAGGCAGUCACAGGGACGUUCAGAUCAUUUCAGGACCAGAACCACAGAGCAGAGAAGACUUUCUGAAAUUUUGUUUUUCUCUUUUAUUUUAGAUUUCUGUUAUCUGACUCUGGAUCCCAACACGGCACAUCGUCGCCUCAUUCUGUCUGAGAAGAACAGAGCGGUGAGAUACAGUGAGAGAGAGCAGCAUUACUCUGAUCAUCCAGAGAGAUUUGAUUCCUUCCCUCAGGUGUUGUGUAAGGAGAGUGUGUGUGGACGCUGUUACUGGAAGGUGGAGUGGAGCGGUGAUGGUGUGUCCAUAUCAGUCUCAUAUAAAGACAUCAGCAGGAACGGACGGGGUAAUGAGAGUGGGUUUGGAUGCAACAAUCAGUCCUGGAGUCUGUGGUGUUCUUCUUCUUCUUCUCUCUCUUUCUACCACAACAACAUUGAGACUGAUCUCAGAGUUCCAUCACCCUCCAGAAUAGGAGUGUAUGUGGAUCACAGUGCAGGAACUCUGUCCUUCUACAGCAUCUCUGACACGAUGAAGCUCCUCCACAGAGUCCACACCACAUUCACUCAGACUCUAUACGCUGGGUUUGAGGUCUGGUCUCCUGGUUCUACAGUGAGAUUGUGUGAUCCAGAAUAAAAGUGUGUAGUGUUUUCUGUAAAAUUCCUGCACGUUGCCACGUUGUUGCUCAGUCGUCUGUUUCACUAGAACACAAUCCAGCUGCACAAAAACACUCAUUUUAAUAUUUAAAUGAAAGCAGAUGAAUAAUUUAAAAUAAUUACAAAGGAAAUGUUAAAAAUUAACUGUCAGACAAGAAACUCGUCAAAUUUAAAAAGAAAAUGAUCUCAUGACCUUCACAUUAUAAAGUUGUGUUUGUUUCAUAUUAAGCAGCGUCUCAUUAAAUAACUAAUAAACAGUAAUAAAGCCAGAACAGAACAACAUUUUAAACCUGUUCAGGUCACACUAUAUAAAAAUAAAACAUCACUUUUGGGAUGAA